AUGACGUCCGAAGCCAUCAAGCAGCUGACAGGCCUGCUCAGCCAAGCGAGCGAACUUCGAGAGAGCCUAUCCAAUGUUGAACGUCAACAGCUGAUGGGAAUUACCGGCGCAUUCCUCGGCGAGCUAGAGCGACCUGAUGAAGCCGUGUAUAGGAUAACCUUCAACGAAGUCAGUACCACCCUUCACCGAAGCGCUCUUCGCAGGGUUCCAGAGGCUCGACAGCAUCUAGAAAGCUUCAAUUGA